GCGUCCGGCUUCAGCCGCAGAUUUUCUACGAAGAAACGACGCGUAUAACUUCAGAGGCAUUUUCAGAGUCAACAAGCUUUUUUUAAAGAUGCAGAUCUUUGUCAAAACCCUCACUGGUAAGACCAUCACCCUUGAGGUUGAGCCAAGCGACACCAUUGAGAACGUCAAGGCUAAGAUCCAGGACAAAGAAGGCAUUCCCCCUGACCAGCAGAGGUUGAUCUUUGCCGGCAAACAGCUGGAAGAUGGCCGCACAUUGUCUGACUACAACAUCCAGAAAGAGUCCACCUUGCAUCUUGUGCUGCGUCUCAGGGGAGGCAUGCAGAUCUUCGUCAAGACCUUGACGGGCAAGACCAUCACCCUUGAGGUUGAGCCAAGCGACACCAUUGAGAACGUCAAGGCUAAGAUCCAGGACAAAGAAGGCAUUCCCCCUGACCAGCAGAGGUUGAUCUUUGCCGGCAAACAGCUGGAAGAUGGCCGCACAUUGUCUGACUACAACAUCCAGAAAGAGUCCACCUUGCAUCUUGUGCUGCGUCUCAGGGGAGGCAUGCAGAUCUUCGUCAAGACCUUGACAGGCAAGACCAUCACCCUUGAGGUUGAGCCAAGCGACACCAUUGAGAACGUCAAGGCUAAGAUCCAGGACAAAGAAGGCAUUCCCCCUGACCAGCAGAGGUUGAUCUUUGCCGGUUUGCCGGCAGAAGAUGGCCGCACAUUGUCUGACUACAACAUCCAGAAAGAGUCCACCUUGCAUCUUGUGCUGCGUCUCAGCGUCUCAGUGCAGAUCUUCGUCAAGACCUUGACAGGCAAGACCAUCACCCUUGAGGUUGAGCCAAGCGACACCAUUGAGAACGUCAAGGCUAAGAUCCAGGACAAAGAAGGCAUUCCCCCUGACCAGCAGAGGUUGAUCUUUGCCGGCAAACAGCUGGAAGAUGGCCGCACAUUGUCUGACUACAACAUCCAGAAAGAGUCCACCUUGCAUCUUGUGCUGCGUCUCAGGGGAGGCAUGCAGAUCUUCGUCAAGACCUUGACAGGCAAGACCAUCACCCUUGAGGUUGAGCCAAGCGACACCAUUGAGAACGUCAAGGCUAAGAUCCAGGACAAAGAAGGCAUUCCCCCUGACCAGCAGAGGUUGAUCUUUGCCGGCAAACAGCUGGAAGAUGGCCGCACAUUGUCUGACUACAACAUCCAGAAAGAGUCCACCUUGCAUCUUGUGCUGCGUCUCAGGGGAGGCAUGCAGAUCUUCGUCAAGACCUUGACAGGCAAGACCAUCACCCUUGAGGUUGAGCCAAGCGACACCAUUGAGAACGUCAAGGCUAAGAUCCAGGACAAAGAAGGCAUUCCCCCUGACCAGCAGAGGUUGAUCUUUGCCGGCAAACAGCUGGAAGAUGGCCGCACAUUGUCUGACUACAACAUCCAGAAAGAGUCCACCUUGCAUCUUGUGCUGCGUCUCAGGGGAGGCAUGCAGAUCUUCGUCAAGACCUUGACAGGCAAGACCAUCACCCUUGAGGUUGAGCCAAGCGACACCAUUGAGAACGUCAAGGCUAAGAUCCAGGACAAAGAAGGCAUUCCCCCUGACCAGCAGAGGUUGAUCUUUGCCGGCAAACAGCUGGAAGAUGGUCGCACAUUGUCUGACUACAACAUCCAAAAAGAGUCCACCUUGCAUCUGGUGUUGCGUCUCAGGGGAGGUUCAGAUAUUUAAACUGAAAAUAUCAGGGAUGGACAUUUGAUUAUUUCAGUAUCCCCUGCUCAUGCACUCACCACUUUUCUCCCCUCUUCUCUCCAUACUUUUAUUACUGAAUCCCAUCACAUUUUAUUGCUAUGUUUUUCCACCUGUUUGUUUUUGUUCAAAAUGACAAAAUAAAAGCAUUGAAAUGUAA